CAUCAGAUAUCAACAAAAGCACGUGCCAGAGGUAGUAAGAUUUAAAGGGCCAGCAUAUUUCUCCCCAAUACCCACGUAAUUAUGGAGAAAAAAAUGCUGCGCGAGGUGGUGAAGUAUUUGAAGCUUGACAAAGUGAAGAUAGAUAAUGAUAAGGACACGGUUGCGGUGGAGGCAAAGGGGAAGAGGACCUCAGGGUUCGUCUGCGGCACCCUGGCCCUUGUCCGCACCUUUGGGCCUCACUUGGAGGGCGCCACACACCUGGAGAAGACCCUGGCUCACUCCUGGCUCACCUAUUUCUCCACGAGGCUCUUCCACUGUGCUUCAUUAGAGGCAUUGGGGAGUUGCCUGCACCACAUCAAUAAAGAGCUGGAGAACCGAGCCUUCCUGUGCGGCUUCACUCUGACCAUAGCUGAUGUUGUCUUGUUCCUGACACUCCAUCCUUUUGUCACAACCUGGUCGUUUAUGCAUAAGGAGCAGCACCAGAACCUGUCCCGGUGGUUCAAGACGGUUCAGAAUGAUGGAAGGUUCUCUGCCACUCACUCCCCUGUACAGUUUUCCAGGACCACACUGUAUGGAGGUUCUGUCAGGGUUCAUUGAUGUUAGUUGAGGUUCUGUAGUAUUUUUUUUUUUUCUUUUUCUCUCUCUUUUUUUAUUUAUUAUUAUUAUUAUUGCUGAUUUCCAUAGUUUUUUUUUUUAUCUUGUUUCUAUGUAUUCUUUUUUUUCUUUUUAUUUAUUUUUUUGUUUUUUUUCUUCUUAUUGUCAUUCACUGAUUUUAACUGAUGAGCUCUUUUCAAUUUUUACUUGUUUAUUUAUUUAUCUUUAUUUUUCUUCUUGUUCUGUUUGUUUAUUCUUGCCUUUUUCUCUUUUUUUUAUUUUAGUUUCUUUGCAUUUUCUUCCUGUUUCUAUUUAUCUUUAUUUUUCUGUUUCUCUCUUCCGUUCUCCUCUUUUUUCUGUAAUUAUUCUGGUCUAUACUUUCUUUUCCUGUUAUUUUCUUCCAUUUCUCUUUCAUAUCAUUCAUUUUCCUCAUAUCUCCUUUUCUUAUCCCAUCUUCUUCACUUCCUUUCUCCCUUCCUUUCUCUUCAACUCCUUUUCUUCUUCAUAUUUCCUCCUAUCCUAUCUUCAUAUUUUUUCUCCCUUCCUUUCCGUUCAACUCCUAAAAAUAAUUCUUUCCUUUUCCUUUUCAUAAUAACUCUCCUAUCAAUAUUCAGAGAGUGACCUGUUUUCUUUCCCCAAGCGUCAGUCACUUCUGCCCCUGUGAGUCGCAUUACCCUUUAUUUCCUGACCUUUGGGGAUCCACACAGCAAUAUAAGGUUGUUUUUCAUUCAUCUGAGCACAUUGUAAGACUGUCCCGUUCAUAUUAAAAUGGUAUAUCUUA